UGACACUUCAUUCACAGUUGUCAUUGCAAAACUUCGUCGUUGAAUUGGUUGUUUUUGGUGGUUUUCGCCGUGCCGACCUUAUUAGAAUAUUUUGUUUUUCGUCUUUUAAUAUACAUUUCAAAUAGUGCAAUAUAAAAGUAAUAAUACAAAAAACGCUGUGUAAUCGAUAGUUUAUAUAAGUUGGCAAACGUAAAGCUUAAGUAAUGCGGAAAAGAGCACCAUCGUCGUUGGGUGCUUCACACGUUGCUCCUUCACCUAUUCCUAAUUAUCAUCAUACGUUUCUCUGCUCACCUAACCAUUUCCAUAGUGCUUCGUGUACGCUUCGCUUUUGCAACAUAUAAUUGUGCGUGUGAGAUUUUUAUUUUGUUUUUGUUUUUCUGACCACAGUCGCCCCUUAAUUUAUCGGUGGUGGUCAUUGCGGCGUUGUCGCAUAUAUAAUAUGGGCAUUCAAAAAGAUUUGAAUGUCAUCAAGAAGUGCCGCAAAUCAUUACUUCAACUUACGAUGAUCACCUCAAUUGUUGCUGCUGCCACUAUGACAAAUAUUUUAGGAAGUGUUGGAGCCGAUAAUCCAGUUCCCAUAAAUGAACCGACUUUAGAACUUAAUCGCCGUGCUGCAGCAAUUCCCUACUGUGACGAUGAUAAUACAGAUCACACUAUCGGACGAAGACUUUUGUAUAUAACAACACUAGACGGUCGAUUGUCGGCGCUUGACGUCAGCAAUGGUGGUAAAUUACGUUGGAGCGUGCCAACCGGUCCCGGACCGCUCAUAUCGUCUAGUAUACAUCGUCUGGAAUUGACAAAUAAUGGACAAUUCGUGCGUAUGAUACCUUCCUUGAGUGGAGGCAUUUAUAAAUUCGAUGGCGACUCCAUUGAUCCCAUACCGAUAACCACCGAAAAUUUGCUGAGCUCAUCGGCGAAAUUCUCCGAUGAUCUGGUCAUUUCGGGUGGCAAGGAGACACGUACAUAUGGUGUAUCCAUACGUACGGGCCAGCUUUUGUACGAGUGUUCCAUGAAUGGCUGCAUUAAUUCGACAGAUGUAAGAGAUCCCACAACUGGCAGCGAUCAAAAUGGUAAUACAAUUGGUAGCGAUGGUGCGAAAAUGGAACACAAUCCACUAAUUGAUGAUGUGAUUGUGGUGCGCCGACAGACACAAACUGUGCGCGCCGUGGAAUCGCGCACCGGUAUCGAACGUUGGAAUUUCAGUGUGGGACAACACGAGUUGAAUAUGAUUAAACCGGCGGAAUGUCAUGAUCGUCCCUACAGCGACAUGGACAUGGCCAUGCUGGAUUUGGAUAUAAAGGUGGUGGUGCCGGAAGGUGUAAUUUGCGCCUUCAGCAAGACAAAUCCGAAUGCAAUGCUGUGGAAAUAUAAGUUUGAUCAUCCCAUCGUGAGCGGUUGGAAGAUGGGCGCAGAUGAUGAUUUGGAAACAAUCGAUUUGUUUAGCUCCGCUCAGUGGAUAUGGGACCAUGCAGAUAACAUAUUCGAUCCACCCGUACCCUCGAUGAGCCCCUCGAUUUACCUGGGCAUGUAUGAUAAACAAUUGUAUAUACAGGAAUCAGUUACUUUGCGUCGUGAGAUCGACGAUCAGUCAAAUUUAUACGCACAUCUAACAACCGACUCCCCGAUGUCGAUAAUACCUUGGCGUCCCAUACCAGCUAGCAGUAAUUCAUUGGCAUUAAUAAGGAAUGCGAAGGCACUAACAGACGGCAAUUCGCUGGAAACGUCAAAUGACGCUACCAUACUGCCGACCAUAAAUGAAGCUAUACAGGGCAAUGAAUUAGUGCCUUAUAAUGAGGAAAUGUUCGCGGUGUCAGCACAGUCUGUACUUAAUGCCUCUGAGUUUGUGAAUGGGAACGGUUUCUAUUUAUAUUCUCGUGAGGAUGUGAAUCGAAAUGAAAAUCCACGCUGCAUAACGGACGAUCAAGACGAAACCGAAGAUGAAGAAGAUGACGCAGAUGUAGAUGAUAAUGAGGAUGGUGAUGAUAUUGGCAAUGCUGUGAAUCACACCAAUCGUUCCGUUAGCGAUGAUUUGGGUUUUAGUCUUGACGAUAUCGAUGCACCCGUCAAGGUAGUCAUACUGUCACUAUGGUUUUGGUGGAAGGAAGUGGUUGUCAUCGCAUUGACCACGGCAGUAUUGGUGAAUCUAUUUCUGGGACAACGUCAGCGUCAAGAAGUUUUGGUAAUUGAACGUCAUGUGCCAGUACCCACCGCUUAUGAGGCAACCGAACAGUCCACUGUAGCGCUAUUGGGACCCACAAAUGUCGCAGUGAAUGGUAUUACGAAUGUUUCGGCCAAUGUGUACCGUUCACUUUCGGAGUCUACCACUUGUUCGGGUGAGCACUUCAAUUCGCGCUUCCUGAGUGAUUUCGAUUUGAUGCGCUGUUUGGGGCGCGGCGGUUUCGGUGUUGUCUUCGAAGCGAAAAACAAAUUGGAUGACUGCAAAUACGCUGUAAAGCGUAUAACCUUGCCAAAUAAGAAGGAAUCACGCGAACGUGUCAUGCGCGAGGUGAAGACCUUAGCCAAUUGCGAACAUCAAAAUAUCGUACGCUACUUUCAGGCUUGGGUUGAAACACCACCGCCUGGCUGGCAGGAGGAAGAGGACAGUAAGUGGUUGGCACACGAGAUGUCCAUGUCUAUACAAAUUGAGACGCCCGAUGGCACAACACUGCCUUCCUUCGAGAAUGCAUCAGCGCCGCAUAACCCACCGCGACGUCAGCUGCAGGUGGAGCGCAAACGUCAAUUGCUCUCUUGGAUGUCUAGUCUGAAUAAUACGGACUGUGGCUCCGAACAUGAACAUGACAAUUGCAUUAUAGAAGAUGAUGACGACGAUGAUUCGUGCAUUGUCUUUCGCUCAGAGUCACAAUCGCUGGCAAUGAAGUGUCGCGAUGAAGAGAGCGAGAGCGACAGCGAAGAAGAAAGUAAGACGAAUAGUACUAAAAAGGAUAAGCAAGUGAAUGGCAAGAAGUUGCAUACCAAUUCCAUAUCCAUUGACAUUCACUCCAAUUCCUUUGAUAUGAGUUUGCCGAAAAAUGGCAAGAGUAUCGAUUACUCACAACUCUCCGACUCCUUUCAAAUUGAGUUUGUGCGUUCGGCGAAUGGUGACGAAACUAAUGAGGAUAGCGGUUGUGCUGGCCAGACAAAUGGCGACGUCUGGACUUCCAAAGAUCUGGAACGUUCUUUAAAUGAAGACAACAACAAAACUAACUCUAAAAGCAAAAAACGUCCCGAUUCCUUGGAGCUUGGUAAAGUUGCCAUAAAUAUGGAGCAUAGCAAUAAUAGUAAAGCACUACUGCCGGCCGCGGCAUUGCUGCAGACCACACCGAAGCCGCAGCAAAAUAAAGUCUAUCUGUACAUACAGAUGCAGCUGUGCCGAAAAGAGAGUCUACGCGAUUGGCUGCGCGAAAAUCGCUGUGAGUCACGGCAAAGUCAUAUUGCCAGCAUUUUCCAUCAAAUUGUCGACGCGGUCGACUAUGUGCAUUUAAAGGGUCUCAUACAUCGUGAUCUCAAGCCCAGCAAUAUAUUCUUCUCACAAGAUGGCCAAAUAAAAAUCGGUGAUUUUGGUCUCGUCACCGACAUGUCGGACAUACCGAAUAUGGUGACCAAGUGUGGCGACACCACCGGUCUGCCAUCGUGUGCUCGUCACACACAACAAGUCGGCACACAUCUGUAUAUGUCACCCGAACAACUGCGUGGCCAACACUACGACUUUAAGGUGGACAUCUAUUCGUUGGGCUUAAUCUUCUUCGAAUUGCUCGUGUACUUCAGCACCGAAAUGGAGCGCAUAAAAACGUUGCGCAAUCUCAGAGAUGGCAGCUAUCCACAAGAGUUUCCACAUGACUACCCCAAGGAACACGAGCUGCUGCAAUUGAUGUUGUCCAAACAACCCGGCGAGCGUCCGGCGACAACAGAGUUGAAAAUUAAAUUACUCGAUAUACUUAAAUGGCCAGACUUCACUGUGGCUGACGGCGAUCCUGUGGCUAUGGUGGCGGCGGCGGCGCGUCGUUUUAGCCGCAGUCGUACAUUUAGCAGCAGUAAUGCGUGAAAACGUCUUACAUACAUACAUACACAUAACUCGAUUGUCCGUAGAGUUAAUUAAUUUCUAAGCUAAUUUAAGCGAUAAACGUCUAAUUGUAUUGCGUUAUAUACAGAAGGGUUUACAAAGCUCGCCAUCAAUCACAAUGAAAUUGUAGCUUUAAUGCAAAUUUAUGAAAUUCGAUAUUGUAGUUACAUUCAAAAAGACUUUUAACUAUUACUUAUCUAUACAAUUAUAUACACACACCUACAUAUGUACGCGUGUGUGUAUAUGGCUGUGUAAACCUUUUUUUAAAUUGGUAAAUGAAUUGGAAAUGCUUGUAAACCGUGUUGGUGUCAUGAACUUCCAUGCAUAUGCGCUGCCUAUAUGUACAUGUAAUCGUGCUAUUUAAAUCUGUAGUUAGCUAGUUUAGUGAUUUCUUAUUAUUUUUUUCUUCAAAAUGUUACGUCAUCGACUUCUACAUUUAUAAGUUAAAAACGGCGAGUAAGCAACUUAACGCUAGGCCAUAAAUCCAUCCUCAAAUAAAUACUUAAAAUACUGCAAGUAUUACUAAUUCCAUGAUUGUCGUUUCUUCAAUAAUUAAUUCAAUUGUUCACUAUACUUUCCAUAAAAAAAUGAAAUUUUUUUCAAA